CAGCAAGGUUCCAAUGACUCUGCGUGCUGUGGGCUCUUUUCAAAUAUGGAGAGGUUAUCUUUUUAAAGUAAUAUGUGGGAUUUAGGAGACCGGAACCGUGGCAUUUUUGUGUUGAUAAGUGUGCUGAGCGGAUGCGCUGUUUUAUACAAUGCCUGGGGUCCGAUUCUAGCCCUAACUGUGUCGAUAAUCGUUGUGAUAUACGUAUGUUACUCCCUGCUAACCAACGACAGCAUUCUAUCGCCGCAAGCGUUAUUUUUCCUCGAAUACGUGAGAGAGGGCGGCAGGGAAAUAUCCGCCAAUUUGAAUGUCGCAUCGUUCUACCUAUCGUCCACCCUCCGUAAGUUAUAUACUAUUUUAAACAGCCACUGCUGGACUUAUGUCGCGUCGAAAAUGAGCAGAUUUAGAAAAAAUUCAUCCUACCAAUUGAGCAACGACAAUCGCCAAGCCUCCAGGAGCUCGUCGAGGUUCGAUCUCACCACCAAUGCGCUCAGCCCCAUACCCAAAAAUAACUACCAAGAAAAUACCCCCUACAUUGAUCGUCUCGCCACUCGUCAACCCGGCGAUAACUACCCGUUGACAAAACUCACUUCAACGCCCCUUGAUCCCUGGUGCAAAGACACUGAGGCACCGUCCAACGGGGGCAUCGGACUCUUCACACCUGCUCGGCCCCUUCGUCGAGAAGCACAACCAACGUUUGGGCCGAGUCACUCGUCGAUGAUACAAAAUGAGACUGUCUUUAGCCCUGAGGGCUCUCCGUGGGGAACCAGCAUCAGCCCAAAAAUGCGAUCUAAAGCAGCUGGCAUCAAGACUGUACAAACCGUCGCUGGACCCUUACUUGCAUCCACAAGAUACAACAUCGACCCCAAAACAUACUCAGAUGUAACAUCUCCAGGACUAAGCACACGCUUGGCGAGGUACGCCACGGAAGCCAACAGUAAGCUGACGCAUCAGUCGCAGUACGCGACUGGCCAAUUUCCUAAAGUCAAUCUCAGCGUUAGUCCAUUGCCGUUAAUAAACAUGAAAAAUGCUAAGGUCAGAACUCCUGUGACUGUGCGGAUAGCUCCGCCUGAUACAAGCAGGUACUCGCCGCCUGAAAGGCAAAGAGUUAUCGCAGAUAUAUGCAAAGCGGAGAACAGAGGACCUCAGAGCGUUGUGCAAGUUCUUAGAGAAAUAUCACUUAAGAGGCACGCGUCGAGAGACGAUGUGAGCUUAGAUUUAGCAAAAAAACAGAGAACUGAAAGUAUAUACGAGGACAACCUGGAUGAUCUGGAAGAAAUGACGCAGAAAAGAAGCAGGGAAGAUUCGCCGAACAGUGAGGAAGAGGAGGAUUUACUCAGGAAUAAUCAGCUUAGGCCAGUCAAGAAAACUAAGACCCCCUCUUGCUACGAUGUUUUGAAUUCAUUGAGCUCGAGCAAUCAGUAUUCCUCCUCAGGAGUCAAGCGAAAAGCGAGUACUCUGGAUUUAUCCCGAAGUGGCACACCCGACAUAGAAAAACAUUUCAAACCCUCUGACACGAUUCAGGGGACCCCGAAAUUAUUGGUAACUGUAACUGAGCCUGAAACAGAGAAAAGAAAACCCCAAAGAGAUGAUCUGAAUUUAAAAUCUUCUCUGAAUAUGGAAGUUGAUUUAUCCAAGAAAUCACAAGAACAGUCCCCAAUACAAGUAAAAGGUAUUUUGAAAAAUGUAUCUACCAAAGAUACGAUCGAAGAUCAGAGCCAGGGUCAAUCAGAGGGUGCGGGCAAGAAGAUGGAGGAAAACACAGAAACUGAACCUACGAAGAACCUUUCUCCUGCAGUGAAUAAAUCGAUCAACUUCACUGAGAAAUUAUUUAUGAAAGCCGAACCACAAGCCAAUGAAAGAUUGAGAACGUUAAUUGAGGAACAGGGAAAUAUCAGGGCAAAAUUCACCACUGAUGAUGUUGACGAAAUCAAAAAAGAAGACAUUGUGAAUAUGAGGCAAACAAGUAUGAGAGCCAGACUGCAGAGCAUGUUUGAUGCUAUAUCUGGAAAAUCGGCCAAGAAGAUAAAUCCAGAUGUUAUUAUACAAGCUGACUCAAACAACGAGCCUUCUACCACCUCGGAUGCACCAUCGAGCUCAGCAACUCUGAGCUUGACAACUUCGACUACGGGAAUCACUACAACUCCAAUUACAACAUCUGCCGUAGUAUCAACAGCCGCUAACUCGAAAGUCGGCAAUACAACUAAGAUUAAAAACGUUACCUUCGAUUUGCCUAGUUCACAGCAACCGUUGAUCUUGAACAGCAGCUUGACAUCAACAAUCUCUUCAACUGGAUUCCAAGCGAAUACAACCGAGGCGCAAAGUCAGUCAGAAAUUCCAAAGUUGAAUUUUGGAACUGUUGCUACAACUACAACAAACACGACUGCAACUGAUCCCGCAAAAGUCUCUUCUCCAAAUAAUCAAAAUACAAGCACGAUGAGCACUCCUGCAUCUUCUGCAAUUACUUCAACCAUAGCUCCUCCUUCAUUUGCCGUUGGAACAACUUCUACACAAGGUUCAACCGUGUCGUCAGGAAUUCAGAGUGGCUCAAACUUGACAAGCAGUACAACCUUAGCAACAAAAGUCUUACCUCCGAGUAGCAUUGGCGUAUUUAGUUCAUCAAAUUAUACCAAUGUAACUCAGAGUACCAAUAUAAUGUUGGGAUCCGAACCACUAAUGACAUCUUUGUCACCGAGUACGGGGAAAUUUGUUCAUGAACCGAUCAAAUCAGUUGAUACUGUCAAGACGAACACUCAAACUCCAACCCCGAUGCCCAAUUUUUCGUUUGGUGCAACUAAGAUGACUCCUUCGUCAGCGUUUGGUGGAAAUAACCAAUUCUCAGCAAGUACGCAAAAUCAAGCAAACAUCAGUACUUCCACACCGGCCACAACAUCGGCUUUCGUGCCUAGUAUUGCUGCCCAAACGCAACAAUCUGCGACUAAAGUGACGUCAAUGGCAGGUAGUAUCACAGUGCCUGAGACAAAACCAGCUGUCUUUUCAUUUGAUGGUAAUAGUGCUAUGCCGCAAUCAACAAGCAGCGGGAGCUUCUUAUUUGCAGGUAAUACUAGCACCACCAUGAGCCAAGCUCCUACUUUUGGAAUCAUUACCAAUCAAAGUACCCUGACCUUUGGAAAUACAGCAACAACGACGCAAAAUCCACCAGCCUAUGGAAGCUCAGUCAAUUUCCAAAGUGUUCAGGCCCCCGGGGUCAGCGUCGCGAGCACUACUUCGCAAAAUGCCGCGACAUUUAGCAGCAAUCCACCAGCAUUUGGAAGUGUUGUGACAACUGCAGCUCAAAACGUACCGCCAUUUGGAACCGUAGCUUCAUCUGCUCCGCCGCCCGCCUACGGCAUUAAUACACCCACCACAAGUUCGACAUUCGCAUUUGGAAAUGCUGCAGCCCAAACUACCGCUGCGUCUGCAUUCAGUACAAACGUUAAAUCUACUACCCCUUCCACGGCCUCCACGUUAGGUAAAAAUCCAACAUUCUCCUUUGGCUCGACGUCAGCACCUAGCACUAAACCUGGCUUCUCAUUCAGCGCAAACGCUGCACCAACCACCACUUCUAGUGAGGCUGUGACUGCUGGUAAUACUGUUCGAGUACCUGCCUACACAAUUCCCAAUAGCAGAUGUGCACCAUUAUUUGGCGCUCCUGCGACUACCGCGCCUCCAGUUUUUGGAGCACCUUCAAGCACUGCACCACCAGCAUUCGGCGGAACCUCUAGUACGACAAUGACUGCAUUUGGUGCCACAGCAAAUACAACUACACCGUUGUUCGGUUCACCAGCCACGACAACAUCGGGAAUGUUUAACACUGGUGCAAAUCAGUCAACCUUUGGUACCGUAUCAAAUUCUGCUGCUACGCCCUCAGCGUUUAGCGUACCGAAGACAACAGCACCGCCAGCUUUCGGCUCCCACACAACUGAUACUGGGUUUAAUUAUGGGGGGAAAGCUGUUCAGUUUACGGGUACAGGCCUGACCACCACACCCAGCACUGCAGCAGCUACUGGUUCCGCCGUGACAUCCACAGCGACUUCAGCAUUCGGCGCAAACACUGAGCAAAAAAAUAUUUUUGGCCAAGCAAAGUCACCGCCAAGUUUUGCCGCCAGUACAUCGCAAACUUUUGGUAAUAGCGGAACUCCUAGCUUUGGAACAUCGAACACCUCGUUUGGCGGAGCUGCCAAUACGGCAUCUGGAAACAAUUCUGUGUUUGGUGCUCAGACUUCGAUGGCACCAGCUUUUGGAACGCAAACUCCAGCAGUGAAGCAAACUUCCCAAGCUCCUCCCCCCGCAUUCGGGUCAGUCAAUACAAGCUUUGGAGCGAGUGCAACGCCUUCUACUGGGUUCGGAUCCUCAGCAGCUACGUUUGGAACACAGAAUACCACUACACCGAAUUUCGGUGCUGGCACUGCGAGUUCCGGCUCUACUUUUGGCACCAAUGUCCCGACUCCGUUUGGACAAGGCCAAAAACCCCCUCCAGCCUUUGGAACCCAAAAUUCAACUACGCCGAGUUUCGGCUCAACCAAUAACAACACAAGCGGAGGUUUUGGCUUCAACUCCAGCCAACAGCAAACGCAACAAAAUUCCAGCUUUUCAUUCAGUGGUAACGCCACUGCGAACAGCACGAUGGCUGCUGCACCAUUCCAGUUCGGUGGUGCACCAGCUAAAACAGAUGGCUUCAAUUUUAAUGCGCCAACUACUGUUCCCAACUUGAGUUUUGGUGCCAAUGCUUCAUCUUCUUUCGGUGGACCGACACAAGGAUCGAACAUGUUCGGAGCAGCAACGCCAGCUGUUCCAGCUAGUGGAAUGUUUAGUAUUGGGGCUGGUUCUACAGCUCCAAGAUCUCGAUCGAACAGGACGCGGAGUAGGAGAUAGUGGAGAAUGUAAUUUUAAUUCACCAUUAUCGAAAUGUAUAAUUGAGUAAGGACUAGUUAGAUGAAAGGAUAAGAAAUUUACUUUUGGUUGUUUGAUAUUAAUCGACCAGACUAAUGAUUUCUAGGAUGAUUUCUAAAUUUUAUAAAAUCUGGAGAAAGUCCAAUGGUUCAAUUCACAUGUUACAUGUAAGCUCUUUAUUGCCCUGACGCUUUUAAUUGCGGGAGGAUGGUAUUGUAACGGUAACGAGAACGUAUAAUAAUAAAUUUACAGGGCGCACCAAAUGGGUUUCAGAUUUUACUCACCUCAACUUUUCCUGUGAUCGUAACUUGUAAUAUAUAAUAUAACUAUUACAAUUACCAUUACCCAAAUCGUUACUUGAUACUGAUAACGAACCAAUUAUUUCAUAAUACCGACAAAUUACAUUUCACCCUUUUUCAACUUGUACAGAUCAAAUAUGGAGCGGGUUAAAAUUGUAUUGAUGAUAAAACCAGAGUCCUGUCUAAAGUCACGACAUUUUCAGCCUCCGUUGAUGACUCAUAACAGCUGGUGUCAAAUACUGAUGACCCCUGCAAUUUGAUUAAUUUAUCUGAUCAACCAAUGAUAAGUUUUUAAUAUUUCUUAGUUCGUAUUUUUUGCACUUAGUGCCUCUAUUGUUAAUAAGAAUACCUUUCGAUUAGUUUGUAUAAACCGUAUUUAUAUACUUUUCAGUUUUGAAAAAAAAAAAUUGCGGGAACGGAUAGAAAAUAAUAAUAACAAUAAUAAUAACAAUAAUAAUAAUGCCAAGCCUUGUAAAUUAUAUAUUAGUAUAACUUUAUUAAAUAUCAUUAAUUGGUUUUAUAUUCGAUCAACCGUGCUUGCCGGAUUACUUUCAAGGGCAUUAAAUAAUCGUUGUUUAAUCAAGUGUUUGCCAUUUUUUAACUGCCGAACUAAAAUUCCGCGCAAAAUGAUAUCGUUGAAAUAACAAGCGAUUGGAUCUAACCAGGUAAAAUCAUGUUUAAAAUUGUUAUUUUUUUUUUUCCUCUCUAUUUCGACUACUGAGCUUAAUAUUGUAAUAAUUUCUUCGUGUAUAGUAAGUAUCUGUGAGCGGAAAAAAGCCAGUCUUAU